AAGUUGGGAGGAACGAACCAGAGCCCCUGCCGGGCGCGCCCCGCCGCUGCUUGACUCGGCGCCCGCAAUUUGGGCUCAGCGUGCCGGCCUCUGGAGCGCGGAUGCCCCCGGGAGCUGAGGGCAGGCAGGUCUUGGGUCCUGAGGCUGCCGGCAGACUAUGGGUACAACAGCCAGCACAGCCCAGCAGACGGUCUCAGCGGGCACCCCCUUCGAGAGCCUCCAGGGUGGUGGCACGAUGGAUGGGCGGCACUCACUCAGCGUUCACUCCUUCCAGACCACGAGCUUGCACAACAGCAGGGCCAAGUCCAUCAUCCCUAAUAAGGUGGCCCCUGUUGUGAUCACGUACAACUGUAAGGAGGAGUUCCAGAUCCACGACGAGCUGCUCAAGGCCCAUUACACGUUGGGCCGGCUCUCAGACGCUACCCCUGAGCACUACCUGGUGCAGGGCCGCUAUUUCAUGGUGAGGGACGUUGCUGAGAAGAUGGACGUGCUGGGCACCAUGGGCAGCUGUGGGGCCCCUAACUUCCGGCAGGUUCGGGGUGGGCUUCCUGUGUUUGGCAUGGGACAGCCUAGUCUCUUGGGGUUCGAGCGGGUCCUCCAGACACUGCGGAAGGAUGGGCACAGGGAGUGCAUCAUCCUGUGUGUGCGGGAGGAGCCCGUGCUGUUUCUGCGCGUUGGUGAGGACUUCAUGCCCUACAGCCCUCGAGACAAACAGAACCUUCAUGACAACCUGCAGGGCCUUGGACCUGGGGUUCGGGCGGACAGCUUGGAGGUGGCUAUCCGGAAGGAGAUCCAUGACUUUGCCCAGCUGAGUGAAAACACAUACCACGUAUAUCACAACACUGAGGACCUGAGGGGGGAGCCCCACACAGUGGCCAUCCGAGGCGAGGAUGAUGUGCACGUGACUGAGGAAGUGUACAAGCGGCCCCUCUUCCUGCAGCCCGCCUAUAGGUACCAUCGCCUGCCUCUGCCAGAACAAGGGGCCCCCCUGGAAGCCCAGUUUGAUGCCUUUGUCAGUGUUCUCCGGGAGACUCCCAGCCUGCUGCUGCUCCGUGAUGCGCCGGCACCUCCCCCCGCCCUCCUUUUCAGCUGCCAGACGGGUAUGGGCAGGACCAACCUGGGCAUGGUCCUGGGUACCCUGGUCCUGUUUCACCACAAUGGGUCCACCUCGCAGCCAGAGGCUGCUCCCUCGCAGACCAAGUCCCCACCCGUGGAGCAGUUCCAGGUGAUCCAGAGCUUUCUCCGCACAGUGCCCCAGGGAAGGAAGAUGGUAGAGGAGGUGGACAGAGCCAUCACCGCUUGUGCAGAGUUGCAUGACCUGAAGGCAGUGAUCUUGGAAAACCAGAAGAAACUGCAAGGUGUCCGGCCCGAGAGCCCAGCCCAGGGGAGUGGCAGUCAGCACAGUCUCCGGCAGAGGGCGCUGUGGAGCCUGGAGCGAUAUUUCUACCUGAUUCUAUUUAACUACUAUCUCCAUGAGCAGUACCCGCUGGCCUUUGCCCUCAGUUUCAGCCGCUGGCUGUGUGCCCACCCGGAGCUGUACCGCCUGCCCCUGACGCUGAGCUCAGUGGGGCCUGUGGCCCUUGGGGACCUCAUCGCCAAGGGCUCCCUGGGAGUGGACGAUCUUAUCUCCCCGGAUGCACUCAGCACUGUCAGAGAGAUGGACGUGGCCAACUUCCGGCGGGUGCCUCGUGUGCCCAUCUAUGGCACUGCCCAGCCCAGCGCCAAGGCCCUGGGGAGCAUCCUGGCCUACCUGACCGAUGCCAAGAGGAAGUUACGGCAGGUCGUGUGGAUCAACCUGAGGGAGGAGGCCGUGCUGGAGUGUGAUGGGCAGACCCACAGCCUGCAGUGGCCUGGGCCCCCCAUGACCUCUGACCAGCUGGAGAACCUGGAGACCCAGCUGAAGGCUCAUCUGAGUGUGCCUCUGCAGGGCACGGAAGGCCUGUCAACCCGCAGGUUCCAGACGUGCCUCACCAUGCAGGAGGUUUUCAGCCAGCACCGCGGGGCCUGCCCUGGCCUCACCUACCACCGCAUCCCCAUCCCAGAUUUCUGUGCCCCCCGUGAGGAGGACUUUGACCGGCUGCUUAAGGCCCUGCGGGCUGCCCUUGCCAAGGAUUCAGGCACCGGCUUCGUGUUCAGCUGCCUCAGCGGCCAGGGCAGGACCACGACUGCAAUGGUGGUGGCUGUGUUGGCCUUCUGGCACAUCCGGGGCUUUCCUGAGGUGGGUGAGGAGGAGCUUGUAAGCGUGCCCGAUGCCAAGUUCACCAAGGGCGAGUUUGAGGUAGUGCUGAAGGUGGUACAGCUGCUGCCCGAUGGGCACCGUGUGAAGAAGGAGGUGGAUGCAGCGUUGGACACAGUCAGCGAGACUAUGACACCAAUGCAUUACCACCUGCGGGAGAUCAUCAUCUGUACUUAUCGCCAGGUGAAGGCAGCCAAAAUUGACCAGGAGGCUUGGAGGCUGAAGCUGAGGAGCCUGCAGUACCUGGAGCGCUACAUCUCCCUGAUUCUCUUCAAUGCGUACCUCCACCUGGAGAAGGCGGAUUCCUGGCAGAGGCCCUUCAGCACCUGGAUGCAGGAGGUGGCCUCAAAGGCUGGCAUCUACGAGAUCCUCAACCAGCUGGGCUUCCCAGAGCUCGAGGACAUGGAGAGGCAGCCCUUAUCGAGGCUCCGCUACCGAUGGCAGGAGUGGAGCCAAAGCACUGAGCCCCCUGCCGGGGAUUCCCUGUAG